AUGGGUCGCCCAAAGAAGUCUGCAUCUGCCUCAUCGCCCAAGAAGGUCAAGUCACCGAAGAUGAAAGCCGAAAGAAAGAAGAAGGACCCCAAUGCACCGAAACGCGCUCAAUCCGCCUACAUGCUCUGGUUGAACGAGAACCGAGCCAAACUGUCUAAGCCAGGCAUGAGCGUCGUUGAUGUGUCCAGGGCCGCCGGUGUUGAAUGGGCCACGGUAAAGGACAAGUCCAAGUGGGAGAAGAUGGCAGCCGAGGAGAAGAAACGGUAUGAGAAAGAGAUGGCCGCAUACAAAGCCGGAGGAUCAUCAGGAUCAUCCCCCAAGAAGGCAGGAAAGGCUAAGGCGAAGUAA